AUGUUCGGGCGUCUCACUCACUACGCAUUCGAUGCGGUGCUCCUCUCUGCCUUCCUGGCUGGUGUCAAGCGAUCCACGGGCCUCACCCCCAGUCUCAACUCCGAACAGAUCUCCGAUAACAAGGAAGUGAAGCGCUGGAUCGACAACUACCUCGGAGUCGGCGAGUGGGUGAUGGAUCAGUCCGUGGCCGUCAUGGGCUCUUCGAGCUGGUUCGAGCGUCGACGAUGA